AUGCAGUUCACCGUUCUGUUCUACACCCUUGUCGCCCUGGCCAUCUCGGCCCUCGCCUUGCCCACCGGUGACACUCGAGAGAUCCAGCUCCGUCUCUGGAGUGAAAAUGGCUGCGCCGAGGAGAACCUGGGCGAACUCGGCCUGUACCGUUCCACCCUCAACCAGUGCACCACCUUCCUCGGCAGCGACACCAUCCGCUCCAUCAGCACGGAAUUCGUCAUCGAUGGCUAUGCCGCACAAUUCUUCACCGAUUCGGACUGCCAGGAAGGUCAGCAGAACGUGACCACCACCGGAUGCCUCGACGGAGACGCUCCCUAUGUGAGCUACAAGUUGGUGGAGAACUAG